UGGCGAAGGAGCUUUUGGCGUGGUAUACCGUGGGUACUAUAAAAAAACGGGUGAAACGAAUGAAAUGCGUGUCGCGAUAAAGACUCUACAACCAAAAAAAGACAUGACCAACGUAGAAGUUAAAUUCGAUGACGACAAUACACCUAAUCCAGAAGUCGAAAGAGAAAAAAGGCAAAGGAUCAAAAGAGCUGAACURUCUUGUAUACGUGACUUUCUGACCGAAGCCAUCAUAAUGAGCCAGUUUAAUCAUCCRAACAUUGUUAAAUUUAUUGGAAUMACUUUCGAAAAAAACUAUAGAUUCAUCGUCACAGAACUUUUGAGUGGUGGUGAUUUAAAAGAAUUUCUGCGCAAGAAUCGUCCUUCAGUUCAACAAAAUCACAAAAUCAUUCCCAUAAAGUUAAAAGAUUUAUUGAAAAUGGCAUUGGACAUUGCCAAAGGGUGCGUAUACUUGGAAAAUCUUCAUUUUAUCCACAGAGAUAUUGCUGCCAGAAAUUGUUUGCUGUCUACGACAGGCCGUGGAAGAGUAACAAAAAUUGCCGACUUCGGAAUGUCUAGGGAUGUAUAUAGAAACGAGUAUUACAGAAAAGAUGGCCAAGCAAUGUUACCCAUUAAAUGGAUGCCAACAGAGUCAUUGAUAGACGGUGUUUUUAAUUCAAAAACUGAUAUUUGGUAA